GACCAUCUCGUAGCAAAUCACGCGAUCGAAAUAAGAGCCGUAGUCGUCGCGUUCGUAAUACUCGUUCACGAUCUACAACUCCUUCAAUGUCGCGGCUGUAUCGACGAUCUAUAGAUACCAUAGUGACACGGCUCAAUGCUUUAGAGAAUAGGUCGGUCGUAGAUAAUACGCCUGCUCCCCCACCUGCUGUAACCAUGGAUGGUACUGCUGAAAAAAUUGUGGAGGCUAUACAUUCGCUGAAAACCGAUAACUCGCGUUCGUAUUACGUUUCUAAUUUCGACCCCAGCAUCCAUGAUGUGGAUGUAUGGUUUGGUGAAGUUGACAGGGCCAAACUUAACAAUAGAUGGGAUGAUUACGAAUGCGUAUCGAGAAUCGGAAAUUGUUUGAAGGGUGAUGCCAGGGUUUGGCUUGACAUGUGGGUGGUUAAUGACCGUUCCUGGACCAAUUUCAAAAAUGAUUUCAAGCCAUUAUGUGCCAGGCGAGUUGAUAUGGCAAGUAUUUUAUACGAAGUCAUGUCAACAGAUUCGGAUCAUUAUCAGACGUAUGCAGAAUAUGCGCGUCGUUCGUUGCUCCGAUUACGCAUAGUAAAGGGUUUGAGUGACGAACUGAUAUCGUCUAUAGUGAUCCGUGGCAUUAGGGACCCUCAUGUUAAGGCUUCGGCUGUAAACGCGAAUUUACUACCAAAUGAUUUGGUAAAUUAUUUGGCUACUUUUAUUAAAUUACCCUCGAAAGAUAGACAAAAUUCUCGUCCCGUUGGUUACGGUAAUCAAUUAAAUUUUAAUAAUAAACCGAAUAACAAUUUAAAGCGCCCAUUUGCAAAGCCACACGUCCCUGUCAAAUGUUAUAUAUGCGGAGAAACCGGUCAUAAACAAGUGGAAUGUACGAAAAAACGUAAAAUUGAUCAAUCUCGCGCGGGUCCCUCGACCGAAUUAAACAAAUCUUCGAAUACUCCAAAAUCGAGUUCUAAUGUGGUAUGCGCUUACUGUAAGAAGGACGGGCAUCAUAUAAGUGUUUGUUUCGCAAAACAACGGUCGGACGCCAACAAGCAAACAAAUGUAAAUUUUUGUUCCACCGUCAAUCCACAUCAAUCCAAAGAUAUUGUGGUAGGAAUAGUACAGGGCAUACCGGUUGACAUAUUGAUUGAUAGUGGGGCUAUAAACGCAUCACUUAUUUCGUCAUCUGUAGUUAAACAUCUCUCGUGUGCUCACAAAUUUACAUAUCGCGAAAUAAAAGGAGUUAGUGCCUCACCUAUCACUAUCACGUCGUAUAUUACCGUGACUAUCGAACUGGAGGACAUUUCCAUCGAGGUGGACCUCUUAAUAGUGCCUGAUGAAUACAUGAACGACUAG